GUAGCAAUUAGCGCAGCUAUAAGUAGCAGCAAAAACAUCAACUGUUUUAUCGAACGUAAGUAAUAUCCACAUAGCGGCCAAGUAUAACCACAUCUUUCUCGACACAGGUACUGGAUUAACACACAGAUGCAAUAGCUAUUUGUAGUAUAGCAACAGUCAAGAAAAUGGCAACAACAGCUGGCUAAAAGUAAUGACCAAAGUAUCGUUGUUUAUACCAAAGUUCAGCAGUAGCUAUUUUAUCAAAUGUGGCUCACAAACCCAACAAUAAAGCAGCAGCCAAAAGGGACAGAGGUGUUUGGUUUUGAUAACUCAAAGGGAAACAAUCCCUUUGCAGGUUCAUACAAUGUAUUUAAGGCAGCAAGCAAGGAUUUUCUGAAGAAGAAACGUAUGCAGAUACAGGGGAAAGGGAAAGGGAUCAAACAUCGUACACUUGGAUUUUUUAUUUUUUUUUAAUUUUCUGGGCAAGACAUAUGCAGCAUGUUUGCAUAUCAUUUUCCACAAUAUAUAUGCAUAUUUAACACUAAUGAGGAUGAGACAAAGGUCAUAUGCAAUGAAAGGUUUAAGUCCUCUAAAUCCGAGACACAAACAAUGUUAGCAGGUAUAUAACGCAAGCAAGUUAGUCAUAAACUUUGAAUAAUAUGACUAAUAUUCUUUAAGUCUACUCAAUUUGUUGCAGCCUCAAACUUGUUCCUUUGCUAAUUUCAACAACAUACCUUUCAUACAUUACUUAAUAGCACAAGACGGAUUUGAGAUAUUCAAACAAACAGCACAACCAUAUCGUCAUAUAUUUCAGUCUGUAGCAUUCUUGUUAACAGAUUAUACCACCAGGAUUGGGCUUAAAUAACCAUAUAUCAUUGUAUUCUCUCUAAACUGCUAAGACAAGAGUUGAAGCUUAAUGAAUUAUUUGUAACAUAUUCCUUUGGUCCCAACUGCUUAGCAUACACCAGGAUAAUAAUUUAUGCUUAAAACUCAGGUCUAUACUGCUGUUAUUAAACAAACAAAAGAGAAUCAGAUUAUCCACGAGAACAGCAUAUGCAUACUAGAACUUAACCAAACAUGGAUUGAACCAAUAACCAACAUCAAUUCAUACCAAAACAGCUGCAUCAACAGGGAUAUUCAUAUUUGUAAAUGGGUAUAUUCAGCAUGAAUCCUAUCAAUUUAAACGAAUUCUAAAGGGAUGUAGAAAAAUGCAGGCCUUUGAAACUAGUAUUGCAGCAAUGACAUGGUAAACUAACUGAAAUCCCAAACUGGUCGUUUCGACAUUAAUCCUAUCAUUUUAAACAGGCGACCAUGAUCUUGCAGACCAAAUAAAAUCAACAACGAAUACCGAUAUGUCGUAUAAUCAUUUCGUCACAUCUAAACCCAGGUAAAUUACAUUCAUGACCGAAUACAUUAUCUCGAAUAAAAUAGAGCAAAAGAGGGACAGCGCUACAUACGCGAAUUCAUGAUAUCUAUUUGUAUCGCCUUUUAACCCUUACACAUAAAUCAGACUCCCAGAUUAAAUUAAAUCAUCCAACAACUAUAACAGCUACACGAAAUAAGAAAUGCAAACAGGUUUUUUUUGAAUCACGACUGGUCAUAACAAGGCAUUAAAACAUGAUUUCUCUAUGUUAACAGAAAUUUAACAAGACAAUAAAUCUGAACAGCAGCAGAAUAUACACAAUUUCAAGUCCAAACAUGAUUUCAACACAACAUUAUCAGCUAAAGAAACUAAACAGAAGACGUCAUUACCUUUUUGUGGUACAGUGAAGUGGGGAUCGACGAGGUCUCGAAUCUACACUCGAACGCGACGAACUCGAAAUCGAUUAAAGAAACUUAAAGUUUUAAACAGAAAAUGAAAGGAAAAUAGAGUAAUUGUUCGCUGGCUUUGUUGAUUAAAACUUGUGUUUUGUGAGGUUUUCGUUUUCAGCCCCCCCUCCUAAACGAUUCAACUAGGAUUAUAUUUAUAGGGUUUCAUUGGUAUUGAAGAAAAAGAGAUGAAGGAGCGUAGUGGAGCGGAGGAAGAGGAGCGUAGGGGAGCGGCGGUGAGUGGAGAGUGGGGUAGCGGCGUUGAGUGGAGGGGAGCGGAGGAGUGGGGUAGAGAGAGAAGCGGAGUGGGGUAGUGGUGUGGGGAAGAGAGGAGCGUGAGGGAGGCGAGAGAAGUGGGCAAGGGGGUGCGGCGGUGAAGAUGAAGAAAGAAGAGAGAGAGAGCGCUUGAAGGAGGCGGAAAAGGGUAGAGAGAGGAGAAAGGAAAGAGAAAGGGGAUUAGGGUUUAGGUGAAAGAGAAUAAGGGAAUGGUUGGACCGGGUCGGGUCACGUAGACUGGGCCGGGUCAAUAAUUCGUUUGGGCUAAAAUGUGGAUUGAAAAGGCGGGUUGGGUAUUAAAAAUGUGGGUUAUUUAUUUGGGUAGGAAAAUAAUAUUGUAUUUGUAUUUUGGGCUAUUAAUUUGGCUGAAAACAUUGAUCCUUCCUCCGCUAUUUAAUUAUUUUUUGGGCUUCUAAUUUAAUAACUAAUACAACAUAUAUUAUGCGAAGACAAUUAAUAUAUAGAAAAAAUAAUGAUUUAACAAAGCGUUGUCUUGUAAUUAAUUUAACGAGUUCAAACCCGAAAACGAAACGAUGACUAACCGUUUAAAAUUUGUGAUGAAGUAAUGCUCAUAAUGUUGAAAAUAAAAGUAAUGAUAUUAAUAGUAGUGGCAAUAAAAUAUUGUGAAAAAAAUUAAGUAUUUAGCUCGUCAGCAAAUUUAGAAACCCGAGUAGAUUAAAUAAAGGAGGGACAAAAUUGGGUGUCAACAACCAUUUAUAUUAUUAAUAAGCUCAUUCCCUUUUAACCUCAAGAUAAUUUCUUUUGAACUUGUGUCGACUAACUCAUGAUGCGACUUUAACGUGCGGAAAUCCGGGAUGUAACACUAUCCCAUUGAUUUCCAAUAAAGAAAGCAUUGACACAAGUCUUUUAGACCCGUUUCUAUGUUUCAUCAAGAUAGCUAAGGCUCCUUUAAUUACCUGUUCAAUUAUCGCAUCAAAAAGAGAGAUUGAAAAUAAGCGCAUCAUCACAGGAUAAAAUUUGUCAUACCAUAGAACAAGUAAAAGUUCCACUUAGUCACACUCUCUGUUACUGCACUUUCAAAGCCCUCUAAUGGAUAUUAGCUUCAUUUUCAUCAGGAGAGCUAUAUAACAUUGCGCACAUAUUUUUAUGACUAUAUUAUGAUAUACGAAAAAGGUUCAUAUAUGCUCUUACAGUAUUUGAAAUUGAGCAUAUAUGUCAUUAUUUAAUAGUUUAACUCACGUAUCCUCUUACCAUUCAAUAGUUAAUCCAAAUAUGCCCUUAGUUUAACUGGAGCUCCCAAUAAACCUAAUUAGCUGAUCAACAAGCUAAAAAGGUCCAAACAUGCCCUUAAAGUAUGUAAAAUUGAACAGAUGUUUCAUUUGUUAAUAAUACACAUGAAAGAUUUACAAUCAAAUCGAUUUUCUCAGAUUUAACCAGGUUAAAAACUUAGUUUUUUGGCUGACAAUUCCCUUCCAACCCAAUCAAUUUAGUUUUUUGGCUGACAACUCCCUUCCAACCCAAUCGAUUCUUAUAAUAGCGUGUCUCCUAUGAGAAAAUCAACCCUUCAUGAUUGUUGUUAUUUCAAAAAAUGAUUGUUUUAGACAUUAUAAUUAGUAGGCGUUUCGACAUGUGAUUUCAUCUCAUGAGAUGAAAUCAGCGUUUCGACAUGCGAUUUCAUCUCUGAUUUCAUCUCAUGAGAUAAAAUCCCAAAUCAUCUAAAAAGGCAUGAUUUGGGAUUUGAAAUCAUGAUUUCAAAAAAUAUAAAUGUAAAAUUUGACUCAUACGUUUAUAUUUUGUAAAAAAAGACCCAUAAGUUGGUAGAUAUAUGUAUCAAUCAUGUUUACCAACCAUUUGUAUUAAAUAUUAAUCUGCAAGUUGGUAAAAUAUUUUCAACAAUUAAUUACUCGGCGUGAAGAGAUUGUUCGUAUCAUGUGGGAGGAUUAUAUUAAAGAGUAGUUACAUUACUAUUCAUGUUAAAUUUUCCUUUUUAUUGAACUAAAGUUUGAUCAAUUGAUGUUGUAUUUUUUAAAAAGACUUUCUAGUAGCAUAUUAAUUUUAUUAUGAACUAUAAUUUACUCAUUUGAUAAGAUUGUGUAAGAAUUGAAUUUUUUUUUUAUGGUUUUCACAACUUGUGGGGUUUUUAUAUUUAUAAAAAAACUGCAACUUAAGAAAUUCAAAUUGCAUAUCCAAAUACGAUUUCAUCUCAUAAUUUCAUCUCAUGAGAUGAAAUCAUGCGCAAACGGGUCCUUAAACUUUUGACGCAAGCUCCGCUAUUUUAUUUUUAUUUUUUUUAACAAAAAAGGGCCAAAAUUGGCGUUGUACAAUACGCUGAGAAGCACAUUUACCCUCAGUUUAAAAGCUAUGACAAUUUUAUGACCUCGUUAUUAGCAAAAGGGUGCAUUUAUGCCCUGAUUUGAAUUGGAGUUAGCAAAACUAUAAAAUAAAAAUUAAAAAAUUAAAAAUCCACGUGUCAACGUUACAAAAAAAAGUUUUUUUUCUUAUUCUUUUUUCUCUUAAACAGCCCAAUCAUUAAUGGGGGCAAAAGUGCUCCUCAGUGAAAAGUGCAGGGGUAAUUUUGGCCCUCUCUCGUUCUUUUUAUUUUUACUUUUUCUUGUCCUUUCUUUUUCUAUGGUGUUUUGCUUCCCCAACUCUCAACUCUGUGCAGCGCAUCGCUCCAGUCACUUAAGUAGCCGUUUGGCCAUCAAUUUUCAAAUUUUGGUUUGAAAUCAGCAUUUGGUCAUCAAUGUUCAAUUAUAAUUUGAAAUCAUGGUUUGAACACAAAUCAUCCAAAAAAUAUGAUUUGAAAUUUGAAAUCAUGGUUUCAACUUUUUUAAAUACAAAAUUUAACCCAUAAAUUAAUAUUUUAUAAAAAAAAAUCCAUAAGUUAGUAAAUAUUUUUAACAAUUAUCCCCAUCAAUUAUUUACCAAUCUCAUUAACUUUCACCAACCUUUAUUUAUGUCUAUCAACCUUUAAUUUAUGUGGGAAGAUUAUAUUAAAUAGUAGUUACAUUACUAUUCAUGUUAAGUUUUCGAUUUUAUUGAAGUAAAGUUUGAUUAAUUGAUGUUGCAUUUUUUAGAAAAGCCUUCUAGUAGUGUACUGAUUUUGUUAUAAACUAUGAUUUGCUCAUUUGGUAAGAUUGUAUAAGAAUUGAGAAUGUUUUGACAGUUUUCACAAUUUGUGGGGGUUUUAUGUCUAUAAGAGAAAAUAUAACUUAAAAAUAUCCAAAUUGUAUGUCCAAACAUGAUUUGAAACCAGGUUUCAAACUAUGUCCAAACGGCGCCUAAGUCUUUAAAUCUAACAUUAAAUCUUGCACCAUUUUUCUACUCCAACGUCAUUUAUUAUUGUUGAUUUCCUAACUAAGUGUAUGUCACCAAUAUUUUUACAAGAAGAUAUAGAUGAUUAUGAUGAUCUUAUACAGAAAGAUGAUCUGUAACAAAUAAUUUACGGCCAAACAGGCACUAAAUAAUUCAGGAGUAAUUUAUGAUGAUCUGUAACAAGAAGAUAUAAAUGAAGAUCUGUAACAAAUAAUUUAUGAGACUUUAAUAGACCAACAAUAUGUUUUUUGGCAUUUAGGGCCAAACAGGCACUAAAUAAUUCAGGAGUAAAAUCUUGAAGAAUCAAGAUUUCUUGAGAUUUUGUAUAAAAGUGUGGUACUGCCAAUGACUUCCUCUGUCCAAUUUAAGUGUCUUAGUCUGACUAGGCACGAAGUUUAAGAAAUAAAUAGAGACUUUUGAAUCUUGUGGUCUUAAAUUAAAGAAGUGUAUAAUGUACUAAAGCGUCCUUUAACCUUGUGGUUAUAAAUUUGUCAUGUAGGAUAUUUGAAUUGUCAACUUACUAAAUAUAGAAAGAGACACUUUUUAGGACAGAUCAAAAGAGAAAGUAAGACCCUUAAAUUGAGGCGGAGGGAGUAUAAUAUUAUUGUAGGUAGUUGUAGUAAAGAUGCAUAGUGGACUCUUCCCUUAACUAGAGGUCUCUAGUUCUGAGGAUGAAAAAUCAUUGUUAGGGAGCGCUUACCCCGAAUGGCUCUACAGGGCGCGAAUUCGAAGAUAGUUGGGCUCCAAUACGAAUAUUCGUCACUGGAUGAAAAACAAAAAAAAAAUGCCUAGUGGACAAAACUUCUUUUCCACUACAUAUAUAGGCAGGGGCGGACCCAAUGUGUUGGGUGGGGGGACACGUGCCCCCCUAACUUAAAAAAAAAAAAAAACCCUAUAUAUAUACACCUUGAAAAAUUAUGAUUUAUUUUAAAAGGAUCCCUCAAACAUAAUUGCAAAAGUAGCUCAGUUGGUAGGAGUGCCCUUGAGUGCUCACUGGUCACCACCCGAGGUCAAAUCUCGGCUCCAACACAAUUUUUUUUCCGUCUGUAUACUUGUAUUUUCGCCAUUGCUACGCUAUUAGUGACCGGUCCGACACGGUAUUAUCCCUCAGUCAUCAUUAAAAAUUUUGUUGCCGUGUAUGUUAAGAUAAUGGUGCUCCCGCCGUCUUAAAAUCCUGGGUCCGCCUCUGUAUAUAGGUCUAAGGUGUAUCUCCAAAUUCAUGUAUAAAUAUUUCACUUUUUACCCUUGUAAAGUUGGAAGAGAGCUAGUUUUAACAUUGGUUUUGGGACCAGUGAUGGCUGAGUAUGGACAGUACUCUUGUGAGAUUUUUGGCUCACACUUUGAGGUGCAUGGCCAAUUAGCAACUGCAUCUGUGUAUAGCAAUAAUGGAUUGUAUUGUGGACCUAAGUUUGACAGUCUGCUGCUGUUUGAUGAGUUAUGCUUUGAGAAUGCAAAGGCUAAGGAUUUCCUGAAUGAGCAUGAUAUUAAGGCUGCACUCAGUUAUCCCAUAUAUUUGGUCAGUUUACUUACAUAUUACAUCUACAUGUGUGCCAACUUCAACAGCCAGAAAUUUAACAAUAUAUUUUCCCAACAAACAAUUUAAUUUGUUGAUUAUGCAACUUGCAGAAAGAUGCAUGCGACUCUCAACGCUAGUUCUUGUAAAUAAUACGACAACAUCAACGUAAAAAAGAAAAGAGUUGUCUUACUGAGUCCGUGCAGUCCAAUAAAGUUGAAGAAAAUGGAUAUCCCAGUUCCACCAAUAACCAAUAAAAAAUUGGAGGGUAAAAUCGCCAUCAUCACCGGAGGAGGCAGUGGUAUCGGCGAGGGCACGGCACGUCUCUUUGCUCAACAUGGGGCUAAAGUUGUAAUUGCUGACAUCCAUGAAGAAAGGGGCCAAUCAGUAGCCGAAUCUAUCAGCAACGGCAACUGCAUGUUCAUCAAAUGCGACGUGGCCGAUGAGCAACAGGUCCAAGAGUUGAUAAAAUCAACGGUGGAGAUUCACGGUCGACUCGACAUUAUGUUCAGCAAUGCUGGAAUUUUUGCUAUCGAUGAUAGCGAACAAGUUAUCCUAGGUUUUAACCUGGAUAGUUUAGACAAGAUAAUGAGCAUCAACGUUCGUGGAUCAGCAGCGUGUGUGAAGCACGCGGCUGAGGCGAUGGUGAAGGGUGGGGUGAAAGGGAAAAUAAUAUGCACGGGGAGUUCAGUGACGACUAAUGGGGCGUGUAAACAUAUUGAUUACGCGAUGUCUAAGCACGCGCUGCUUGGAUUGGUGAAGUGUGCAAGCUUGGGACUAGGUAAGUACGGUAUUCGUGUGAAUUCUGUUACUCCUGGGGCAGUGGCUACACCUUUGUUUGAGAAAGGAAUGAAGAUGGAUGCGGAGAAAGUGUUCGAGUUGUUCAGUUGCCUGAAAAAUAAUGGGCCUCAGAAGAGUUCUCAUAUAGCUGACGCCGUCUUGUUUUUGGCUUCUGAUGAGUCUCAGUUUGUCACCGGCCAUAAUUUGGUCGUUGAUGGAGGCUUUCGCCCACCUGUUUUUUGAUAAUUUGAAAUUGGAAUUGGGUUAACUUUGGCUUUAAGUUUCUUCUUGUAUCGUUGUUGCGCUAGCUUAAUGAUUUGGCAAUCUGUUUAAGAGAAUUUUUAAGCAAAAAUAUAAUGUUGCCUCAGUUCUUUCUUCUUCAUUUUCCCGCAAAAUGCAUCAAUAAUUCUAUAACGUACAAUGAGUUCUUACUUGCUUUCCAUUUUAACUAUUUAAAGAAGAACUUUCACAACUAUAGAAGAUCAUCCAUCAAUGAAAGAUAAAUAGAAUAUAGGAACAAUAAAAUAUUUAAUGUAGUGGCUGUAGAUAGUGGAGACAAAUAUAACAAGCAAUGUGGUAAAGUCCUACUGAAAAUCACUUAUGGAAUUAGAUGAAAUGCUGUAAAGGAUAAUUUUGGAGAGUUUGGGGCUAAAAAUUACAUUGAUGAAUUCUUGGAUCAAAACGUUUUCAUUUUGUGGUUUAUGAAUUACAAGGAGGAAGUUCAAGGCUAAGAUGUGAGCAAACCAAGAUUAAUGGGCCAUAUAGACACUGGCUUUUUUACCAUAGUGAAACAAGGUCAAGUUGGAUUGCAAUUCAUAUGAAAAAUGGAGACUGGAUUGAGCCCGGUGUUUCCCCUAAUUCCUUCUUCAUUUUUGCAGCGGAUGCCUCGAGGGUAAGUGCUUUUUUGUAAAAAAUUUAUUCGCAGUCGAUGCUUACACCAAUCAUACUACUUUCAUAGUGCUACUGCAUUUCAGAGUCAUUAUAUUGGGUGUAAAAUUGGGCUUUAAUUAGGAAAUCAAGAAGCCUUCUUGAUUCUUCUUUUUGACAAUCAUUUCGCAUCAUCUUUUAGCCUAGUUGGUUUCAUUAGAAUUCAACACUUGUGCUAUGUUCUUUCAUGUCCUAAAUUGCUUGCAUAUCUUAGUGUUGGAAAAACAACAUGAUGUUAACACACAAUAUAUCGAUGCGUCCACAUUUUCUUUUUACUAGUAUCUAGACAUGUGCGUUUCACGUGUAUUUCAUGUCACCAAUACAAUUUUUUUAAAUAACAUAAAUAUUAAUAUACUAAUUAACAUGUCUGUGAUUGGUAAUAUGAAUUUUAAAAGAGAAAAAUGGUGAGCUUAUUCGACCAAUUUGAUUGUUGAACAAAAAUGGUUGGGUAUCUUCUAUAUUUGUAAAACUGAAUAACUAAAUUAAGUUAGAUAGGUCUGAUGUAUAGAGAAAUUAAUUUUGAUGUUAUUAUGUACAAACGUGUGAUAAGAUCGGAUUUUGUUAAUACUUCUUUAUAGACUAUGUUUUCGUUUAUGUUCUAUAAAAAGUUAAAUUUUAACAUAAUUUCUCAUUAAUUAAUACGUUGGGUUCUUCUGAACUUGUUGGGGAUUUUUCCUUUUUUACUCAUCAGGAAAAAGAAUUCUUUUUCAACAAAAGUAAAUUUGACAGAAAACAGUAAUAAUAAACACUUAAAAUUAAAAGCAAAUAAGACUUCAGACAAACCUUUUCAUGAUCUCAAUGGUAAAUUUUUAACAAUAAGGGAGAAUUACUUCAGCUUCCGCUUUUGUAUCUGCUUUUGAGUUUUUUGAUAUCAGAAA